AUGUUCAAUUCAUUUCUGUUAGUAUUCAUUUGUUCUUGCAGUCUAGUUUCUCACUUUGUCAGAGAGAGACUGUGAUUCUCGACUUUUGGCAGCGAAACUCUCCUCACCUCUUCGACCAUGUCUUUAACAGGUUGGAGUUUCAAUUAGCCAGAUGUAGUUGUAUAACUGAAAACUUGGUAGAAGCAUAUCACUAACGGAUUUGGAGAAGGUAUUUGACACUGUAUGGCAAAAAGGGAUAAUUUUCCGGAUAAUAAGGUUUUAAAUUGAGCUUAAAGGAAAAGGACCGUUUGAUUUUUAUCAGAUAUUUUAUGGAAUUCCCGUUAUUAAGUGAAGCUUUUACCUUCAGGAGAAAUAAUAUUCAGUGGUUUUCUCCCCGCCAUUUUGACGAGGAGGUCUGCAGAGCGGGAUUCUCCUAAUGUCUACCUUCCGCCGUCCAAAUUAGAAUUAGUGUCCUAGUGUUUUCUUGGUCGAUUGUGUUGAUAUUGACAGCGUUUAGGUUUGUGCUCGUGAUAUUUACGUUUUGGGAGUUCAACGCACAAUUUGUCUUAACUCUAUCGGCUCCAGGGGAUAAAAAAAGUUUAUAAACAAAUAGAUAUUUGCCGUUUGUCUCAGAGUGCACGAUGGAGGGAAAAGUGGCCGAAAGUGAGACGGUGCGAUUGGGUAAAACGUUCGAACUUAACGGGACUAAGGAUCGUCCGAAGAUGAAAGAAGAUGGAAUCCCGACAGAAGAAAACGCAACAGGUUCGAAUUUCUCGACAAUAUUGGACGACCAAAACGACGGUUUUGUAAUCGUGAAGCAGCAGAGACGUUUGACACCCGUGCCACUGGGGAUAAACGAAAACCUUCAGAACUUUCUAGUCGACGAUUGGCACAUGAUCCAUUUGGAGAAAAUGCUCGUCUCUCUGCCCGCUUCGGAAACUGUCGACCACCUGUUCGAGCAGUUUUCGAAAUCAGGCCUGAAGAGGUCCACGGGCGAAAUGAUCGAAACGUUGCGCAGGGCUUUUAACGGUUACUUCGGCUCAGAGAUCAUCUACACCCCUGAGAAAUGGCAAGACGUCUGCAUGACUAAAAAGAUGGGAAAGGACAGGAGCAGCGUCUACGGCGGGAUCCACCUCAUCAGGAUGAUCGCACGCUUCGGAUGGUGUACGGAAGUUUGGGAAAACGGUUGUACACAGUCUUUUACGGAUGUCCUUGAAGAUUUCCUGCAAUUCCUGACCAAGAAAGCCAGCACCAUCUUCUCCGAGUGCAACUACAUACGACCCUAGUCAAAGAGGGUAUCCAUCAUACAAUUUUUUUUUUACAUUCAUGUUUAUAUAAUUUUUAUUUGUCAAUGUGUAAAUAAUGCAUUUGCUCGUGCAUCAAUCCAGUUUGUAAAAAAAAAUCACUCCUACUCAACAGGUAACAGAUACAUAACGAACUAGUAAUUAUUUUAAAUAAAUCACAUGACUUUAAAUAAUAAUCUUUCCAAAUAUCAAAACAAUAGGCUAAUUAAAACCUUACAUACAUAUUUUUUAAUUUAUUUAAAAUCGAUUGUGCCUUUGUCUUAACUUUUAACUACUGUAUAGCUUAACUGAUUCAUAUCCCUUGUUAUAGUAGUAUUAAUA